AUGGUCCAGUGUUUGACAUACCAUUGCAGGCUUUCCUACAAUACAGCCUCUAACAAAACUAGGCUGCCUCGAACCCCUGGCAACAGGAUUGUUUACCUUUAUACCAAGAAGGUUGGGAAAGCACCUAAAUCGGCAUGUGGUGUGUGCCCAGGCAGACUUCCAGGGGUCUUAAGUCAAAGAAGUAUGUCAGCAGGGCCUAUCGGCUCCAUGUGUGCCAAGUGUGUCCAUGACCGGAUCAAGUGGGCUUUCCUUAUGAAGGAGCAGAAAAUGGUUGCAAAAGUGUUACAGACACAAGCACAGAGUCGGAAAGCAAAACAAAUAUGCAGCUUUUUAAAAUAA